AUGGGAGCCCACGGCUCUAACCUGGAUGACAUCCUGGCUGAGGACAUGCACUACUGGUAUAACAAGUUCAUGCGGGAGUCGCCAUCAGGACUAAUCACGCUGUUUGAGCUGAAGAACAUACUGCAAAUGCAAGGCAUGACUGAGGAGGCCAGCAGCUAUGUGGACCAGGUCUUCUGCACCUUCGACAUGGACGGGGAUGGGUAUAUAGAUUUUGUGGAGUACAUAGCAGCAGUGAGUCUGCUACUGAAAAGGGAGAUAAACCAGAAACUAAAGUGGUAUUUCAAACUCUUUGACCAAGAUGGAAAUGGAAAGAUCGAUAAAGAGGAGAUGGAGACUAUAUUUAAGGCCAUCCAGGACAUUACCCAUAGCUAUGACCACGUCCCUCCAGAGGAGAUCGUCACGCUGAUUUAUGAAAGGAUUGAUGUCAACAAUGAAGGUGAGCUGACUCUGGAAGAGUUCAUCACUGGAGCCAGAGAGCACCCUGACAUCAUGGAGAUGCUCACCAAGAUGAUGGACCUCACCCAUGUCUUGGAGAUAAUAGUCAAAGGGCAAAGCCAGCCACACCAUGACAGAACCACGCCCAGCUGUGGACACGAGGCCUGUGUAGAGUGA